CAGCAGCAGGAGGAGGAGAGGCAGAAGAAGAAGAAGAAGGGAAGGAGAAAGAGAGAAAGAGAGAGAGAGAGGGGAGAGCCAGGGCUGGAGGGAGGAGGAGGAGGAGGGGGAGGCUCUCUCCUUGCCAGGGAGCUGCCAAAGCCUUGCCGGACUUUCCUCUCGCCUUGCCAGCCUGCUCCUGGUUUCUGGCUGCUGGCUGGCCUUGGGUCUUCUGCCUCCUUUGCAAGAUGGCGAGGAUGGAGAGCCCCCUCUGAAGGAGCCCAUGGCCGGGGCAGGGGGCCUCUGCCUGGCCUUCCUUGCUGCUGCUGCUGCUGCUGCCCUCCUGGCCCUCCAAGGGGUACCAUCUUGGGCACAUUCUCUGGAGUUGAGCUGUGGUCUUGGCCCUGGCCAGGUGACGCUGGAGCCAAACCAGACACUGGAGCUGGGCUGCAGUUUGGCUCCCGUCGAGCAGUUCCUCAACGUUACCUGGAGGAAGAAUGGACUUCCGCUAGUGGAUGAGGACAACCUCCAUAUUUUCCCCAAUGGCUCCUUGUUUGUCUCACCAAUGGAUGCUGCUUCAGAGGAGGACAGAUCUCUAAGGACAACCAGUGUGGAUGGCAAUUACUCCUGUGUCUCCCAUGGCCCUUUUGGUUCGGUCGCAGGACAAACUAUUGUGCUUCGUGUGACAAGUUUGCCUCCGUUCUUUCAACAUCCAGAGUCCCAAACUGUGGAAGAGAAAGGCAUGGCUCGCUUUGAAUGUCGGAUUGAAGGACUGCCUCCACCAGUGAUCUCCUGGGAGAAGGACAGUGUGGCUCUGCCUCCAGAAGACAGAUUUAUUGUUCUCCCAAACGGUGUCCUUCAGAUCAUAGAUGUCAGGGAGAGCGAUGCUGGAGUGUACCGCUGUCUGGCGACCAACAAGGCUGGGAAGCGCUAUAGCUCUGGAGGAGUCCUCAGCCUUUUGGAAGGUCACCUGCCGCUGUCGAUUGGGGAUGUCAUCAUUGUUGCCGCCCCAGAAAACGCCACAGUGGUGGUGGGAGAAAGCGCCGUGAUGGAGUGCAUGGCAUCUGCCAAUCCCACCCCAUUUGUCUCUUGGAUACGGGAAGACGGGAACCCUGUGGCCACGGAUGUGCUUGUGGUGGGACGGACCAACCUCUUGAUUCCUCAUGCCCAGCUUCACCACGCAGGAGUUUACGUCUGCCGCGCCAAUAAACCCCAAACCAGGCAGUUUGUGAUGGCUGCGGCUGAGCUCCGGGUUCUUGCUCCUCCUACCAUCUCCCAGGCUCCUGAAACCAUUUCUCGAACCCGUGCCAGCACAGCCAGGUUUGUCUGCAAAGCGGAAGGCGAGCCUCCUCCCAGCAUCUCCUGGAUGAAGAACGGGGAGCCCCUUCUGCCCAAAGGGCGUGUGAAGACGCAAACCAGUGGCACCCUGGUCAUCAACCAGAUUGGGCUGGAUGACGCUGGUUAUUAUCAGUGUGUGGCGGAAAACCACCUGGGCAUGGCAUGCGCUACUGCCCGGCUGGAGGUGAUUGUGCGGGAAGGUCUGCCCAGUGCUCCAAAGCGGGUCUCUGCCAGUUCCCUCUCCAGCACAAGUGUCUUGGUAUCCUGGGAACGUCCAGAGUUCAACAGCGAGCAGAUCAUUGGGUUCUCCCUUCAUUACCAGAAAGCUUUAGGCACUGACAACGUGGAGUACCAGUUUGCGGUGAAUAACGACACGACCGAGUUUCAGGUCCGAGACCUGGAUCCCAACAGCAACUACGUUUUCUACAUUGUGGCCUACUCUCAGCUCGGAGCCAGCCGGACCUCCUCUCCCAUAAACGUCCAGACUCUGGAGGACGUUCCCAGCGCAGCCCCGCAGCUUACGCUUUCGAGUGUGACACCAACCGACAUCAAAGUGAUGUGGCUGCCUCUUCCUCCAGAGCUCAGCAAUGGGAGGAUCACCAAAUACAAAAUAGACUAUGCCCCGCUCAGGGAAGAUCUGAUUUCCUCCACUGAAGUUGGUGCCAAUGAGACCCAACUCACUCUUUAUGCCCUGCAACCCAAUAAGGUCUACAAAGUACGGAUUGCGGCAAGCACCAGCGUCGGUUAUGGAGCGCCUUCGGAAUGGACGCAGCAUCGAACCCCAGACAGAGACAACCAUACCCACGUUCUGUUUGCCCCGACCGAGUUAAAAGUCAGAGCCAAAAUGGAAUCUCUCUUGGUCAGUUGGCAACCUCCAGCCAACCAUGCCCAGAUUUCAGGCUAUAAGCUUUACUACCGAGAAGUGGCUAUGGAUGAGACGAGCGAGGAGAGCCCCUCCGAAGGCACAGGGGACAGCCUUUGGGACGUGGGGCCCAUUAAACUGAAGAAGAAGAUCAAGCAAUAUGAACUGACCAACUUAGUUCCUGGGAGGCUCUAUGAGGUGAAGGUUGUGGCCUUCAAUAAGCAUGAAGACGGCUAUGCCGCCAUUUGGAAAGGCAAAACCGAGAGAGCCCUGGUCACAGCGGCAGAUCCCCCGGUUCAGAAAGGACCACCGCUGCCUCCGGCUCACGUCUUUGUGGAAUCCAAUAGUUCCACGUCAAUUUGGCUGAGAUGGAAGAAACCCGAUUUCACCACGGUGGAGAUUGUCAACUACACCGUGCGAUUCAGCCCCUGGGGGCUGAAGAACGCCUCGCUUGUGACUUACUACACAAGCUCCAAUGAAGACAUCCUCAUCAGCGGGCUGAAGCCGUUCACCAGAUACGAGUUUGCCGUGCAGUCAAAUGGGGUUGGCAUCGAUGGGCCGUUUGGGAACGUGGUGGAAUGGUUCACCCUUCCAGACCGGCCUUCAACGCCUCCCUCGGAUUUGCGGUUGCACCCCAUCAACCCAUACGCUGUGCAGGUUCACUGGUGCCCACCUUCUGAACCCAAUGGCAUAAUUGUGGAGUACAUCAUCCUGUACAACGCCAACAACACUCAGCCUGAUGAGAUGUGGACUCUCCUGACGAAAGAAGGCAAUACAUUCAGCACUGAAGUUCAUGGGCUGGAAAGUGACACCAGAUAUUUCUUCAAGAUGGGAGCAAAGACAGUGGUUGGAUCAGGACCAUACUCGAACGUGAAGGACGUACAAACCUUGAGGGAGAGGUUCUCAGACCUAUUGGAUGUCCACUCUGUCACAGGCAUCAUCGUGGGCGUCUGCCUAGGCUUGCUUUGUGUCCUCUUCUGCAUGUGUGCCAGCUUUCGUAACAACAAACCAAGCAGAGAGUCUGUGCCAGGCUUGCAUCCCCAAACACCCGGGAACCACAUGUACCAUUAUCACCGCAGCCGCCAGGUGCCAUCACUUCCUGUCGCCCCAUCCAACUCGCAUGAAUUGGAGUCCCUCAUGUCUCCGUUGUCCGAUGAGGCUCCCUCGCCCCCGACUGACAUACUGGAGCUGACCGAAGUUCAGGGCCACAUCCAGGGUGGCCCUCUGGACGACGGCAUGGGCCAUAUCAAGAGAAAGCCUCCUUGGGAGAAAUCACUGAACAACUGGGCAAACAGCAUUGCUGGCUAUGGAGACACAAUUCCCAAAGAGUCCACUGUGGCUAUGAAUGGGUCACUGAAAACGGCAUCCAAUGGCGGGCAGAAGCUCUUGUUGCAAGCUUUGGUUUACGAAGUUGUUACGAACGAAGUGGCCAAGGAGCACAUGCCUAGUAGCUUCAACCAGGUGGAAGCGGAGGUGAUCGUCCAUUCCGACUUCUCAGCCUCCCACCGGGACUACGUCUCCCAGCUUCCCAUAGUGGACUUGGAGGGGACUCUUUCUGAGGACCAAGACCCAGACUCCAUGCCUGCAGAAGAUCUCUCUCAAAAGGUUUCUCCCAGCUCCUCAAAGGAGGAUCUCAGCAAACCAACCCAGGAGGCAGAAGAGAAGAGCAAAGCUGAGGGCCUUGAUUCUUGGCCGAGGACUGACUGGCAGACUCCCAAGAUGGCCUGCAGCUUGCCUGAGACUGCCGCCCUGGGCUUCUGCGGUGUGGAAGAAAGCCAGGGUUCAGUGCAAAGCGGGGACUCCAAUUCCCUCCAAGAAGGCAGAGAGAAUGAGGAGCCAACCCCGCAGGACACUUCCCUUACUGGCCAACCUCAGGCCCAUCUUUGUAGUGGCCACUCUGGCCUACGCAGCUCACUUGCAGGGUUUGAGAACAUGGUGUGCUCCCACCAUCUUUGAAGAGACUCUAUUCUUGACCAUGGCUGAGCUAGAAGUUAACAUAACGAAGUAAGGUUUAGCCCUCCUGUGAUACUAAAUAGUAACUCAUGGUUUGGAAGACAAGGAGAUACAGAAGUGCCUCUCUUAUAUUUUUUACUCAAUAGCCCCCUGAGUGUUUCUUCAUUGCUUGGGGACCCCAAAGGCUGCCCUCCACCUUACGCCGUCUCCCUUCUACUGCUGUAUCCACUCUGCAAAGGGUCAAGAAGCUACUGCCGAAGUUACGCCGAAGAGGCGUAAUGCACACGAAUGGCACAGGGGAAAGGCUACCCAUUGCAGAUGCUUCCAUCGUGGGUCCUUUCUCAAUAUACAGAGUGCUAUGAUUCCACUUCGACUACCAUGGAAUCCUGGGAGUUGCAGUUUUGAGAGGGGUAUCUCGAACUCUCCCUGGAAGCCAGGAUGACUAAAUUGAGGCUGUCAUACUUUGGCCAGAUCAUGAGAAGGCAUAACUCACAACAAUGUUAGGAAAGGUGGAGGGCAGCAGAAAGAGAGAAAGACUUCUAGCCAGAUGGAUAGACUGGUUGUGGGCAUGAAUCUACAAAAUUUAAGCAGAGCACUUGGGGACAGUGGGUCUCAGAGAUGUCUCAUCCACAGGACCAUCAUGGGUCAUUUGUUCUCAUGAUGUGGCCAAAAUACGACAGCCUCAGUUUGAUCAUCUUGGCAUCUAGGGAGAGUUCAGGCUUCAAGGACCCAUUUGUUUGUCUUUCUAGCUGCCCGCUAUUUCCUCAGCACUCUUCUCCAGUAUGACAUCUCAGAUUUGCUUUCCAUACAACCAAGGUACACAAUAAAUAGAUUUGCCAUCCCCAGCUGCAAAACAAAUAAAUUGACAGCCAGGUGCAAAAUAGAGACAUUAAAACAUUGAAGUGAACAGGUGGGUGAGGGAAAGUACCCUAACAAAUAGACUUCCCUCAAUGUAUUGCUUGAAAUUUUCCCCCAUUCUCCAAAUUCCAGGUAAGAGAACAUCUUGGUCAGAGGAUUUCAGCUGCUGCCAGGGUUGACGUUUCCAACUGGGUUGUAGCAGCAGCUGGCAAGAGUUGCAAUGUUUAGGCCAGAUUCAUAUACAGUGGACCCUCCAUGUUUGCUGGGUUUAGGGGUGCAGGACCUUUCUGAAAAUUGAAAAACACAUUUUUAAAAAACCACUUUUUUUAACCUGAAAGAACACCUUUCUAGGAAUCUCUAGGUCCUCCAGCGCAACUCUGUGUUCCAUAUCUACCAGAGGUUAACCAUCAAGUGGUGUUGGCGGACCUACAAAUGCCUAGAGAAGUCUUUUCUCUAGGAACCUCUAGAUCCUCCAGUGUGGCUGUGGUCAACUUCCAUCAGAGUCAUGCUGGAUGACCUAGAGAGAACCUAUUGAUCAAAUCCAUGAAUAAUCAAACCCACCAAUGUGGAGGGUCAACUGUGUUCAAUGGAAUCAAGAUGUGAGCAGUCUUCUAAGUUUGCACCACUUUGGACUGAAGAGUGGGGUGUGUAAUGAAAGUGCAUAUUUUAAUGCUCUCCCAUGGAACAUGGGGAAGCCCACCACAGCAAGUCAGAGACAGAUAGUUUAAUCAUUGGACUAUGACUUUGGAGAUUAGGGUACCAUUCCUCACUCAGCCGUGGAAACUUACUGGGUGACUUUGAGUGAGUUAUUCACUCUUAGCCCCAGAAAGCCCCAUGAUAGAGUCACCUUAGGUUGGCCAUAGGUCAAAAGCAACUUGAGGGCACCCAACAAGAAAGCAACUCAGGGCAUCAUAGAGUUGGAAGAGGUCCCAUGAAUCAUCUAGUGCCAGCCACUUCCAGUGCAGGAAUUGAUGGCUAAAGGUUCCCUGACUUGAGAUAGUUUCAGGCUAGUGGUCAACCUGAAUCUGAACACACAGUCUCCCCCAUCUCCCUGUGUGAAACCUGGGCUGCAUCUACACUGCAGAAUUAAUGCACUUUGGCACUGUUUUAGCAGCCAUCGAAUCCAUAGGAUGGAGCCAUGAUGGUUCAAAUGGUGUCAAACUGCGUUCGUUUUGCACCCAGAGUGGUGGAGUUGCUGGAAAGCUUUGUGACUUGAUUCUGUUGCAUUUCAACCUGAGUGCUUCUUUUGGUGGGCCUCAGCCCUUCAGAGCAGAUGCUUUUUGUUGUUUCUUCUUACACACUCUGCGAGUGCUUCCAACAACUUGUAUGGAAAAAUCAGAGAACCUUUCUCCAGUUGCUGGGUCUUCUUAGUGACCUGGACAUAGGACAUAUGUUAACAUAGGCCUUGAUCCUGCACAGACCCUGGUGAUAUUCACAGGAUCUCCAACAUCUCCCUUUCGUCCCACCAGACAAACGGAGAGGAUUUCCGGUUGGACAGCACCCUUUAGGUUCUUGUACCUAAUAUUUUAGGUAUUGAUCUCCCCUUUCCCUCUCUGCUCCCCCUUUUCAAUGUUAUGACAAUGUAUUUUUUAUUUCCUCAGAGCAUCUUUAUAUUAUUUAAUUUUAUAUAUAAAUAUAUAUAAAAGGGAAAAAAUUAGUAGUGUGUGUCUUAGCGUAGCAUUUGUACUGCUAUUCUCUAUUAUGGUUUUUCCUUCUUAACACAACAACUACCUCAAGCUUGUUUUUUUAAAAAAGGAAAAUAAAAGCAAUAGGUUUUGCUCUUU